AUGGCACCUAGCGUGUACACAAUAUCAUUUAUUCUGGAAAAAAUACAUCGUGCAUAUGCUGAAAACUUCUUUCUCUCACUUCGCUUUGAAGAGCAUGAUUGGUGUAGAGUUGGCGAAUUCGAUGAUGAAGAUUUGCCCAUCGGUUUCAUGUUCACCACAGUAUUAUCCUCCUUUAACAAUGCUGACAAAUUCAAAAUGGAGAUCAAUGUAUCGAACAGAACUUCUUUUCUUGCGUGUUUGCAGUUUUCAAAGAUUAUCGGAGCGGAGGUACUUUCUACAAGAGGGUUGUCUGUGUUAUAUCCAAAAGAUAAUGAUCAAAGCGUUAUGGCUGUUACCAUAGCUGUAAAAGUCGUCAGAUACUAUUAUUCACCUACACUUGAGAAGAUUGUAACGCGAGAUGAUGAAGCACAAACGGAUCGUAUUGAAAUGAAAACAGCGCAGACGCAGGUUCAGCCUUACUGCACCUCCACUGGGUCGAAUACGGAACUCCACUUGCUGUCUGAGGCCGAACUUGAGAAUACUGUAGCGACUGUUGUAGCUCAGCAUCUUGAUAGUAUAAAAGAAGGAGAAGUAAAGAAGACAGAACAACGCAGCGCUAUAAAAUCAUUAGACGCAUUGCCUGACCACAUUUCGAGGUCUCAAACGCAAAGAGAUCUCGAUCUUGGUAAAAAUGUGGUUCCUCGAUUACAAAAAUUACGGGUUUUAGACAAAAUGAUUGGCGAAAGAACAGCCGUGGUGGAGCAGUUUGAUGAAAAUAAAGCUGCCACAAGCGGAGCUGUCGAAAGCAAAUGCAAAGCUUGA